AUGGACCGGUGUUCACCCAUCACACCCUGGAGCAGCGUCAGCGCAAGCUCCUGUCCCGAUACUGGUUCAGGUCGGCACGCCGUGGCAGCGCGCGACGUGGCACCUGGCGAGCUGCUGGUGGCAGAGGAGCCUUACGCUGCGGUCGUGGCCAGGGGCAUGGCGGGCACCUACUGCACCUCCUGCUGCAGGAGGCUGUUCGCCGCUGUCCCGUGUCCGGUCUGCUGCGGAGUCGCUUUCUGUACCACAGCCUGCCGAGACGCUGGCAUGGACGCACACAGGCUGGAGUGCCCUUUUCUGGACCUGCUACACGCCUCUGGGAUGUCCCUCAACGGUUACCUCGCUCUCAGGAUCAUCACGUGCCGUCCUCUGCAAUAUUAUUUGCAGCUUAGAAGAGCCCUACGGCAAACAGGUCUUCUGGAGCCUGUGGACGGUACACCAGGAAAAGACCAGGAACUGCUGGUGCCUUCUGCCAAGCAUCCGCACGACCCCAGCAGCUACCUCUCCGUCUACAGUCUUGUAGGGCUCGAAAAACAGAGAGAACCUCUGGACUUCCUGCAGAGAACUCUCAUGGCGGUGCUGCUGCUGAAGGUGUUGCAGAGGUCCGGCUACUUCGGUCCGUGGUGCGAUGACACUCCGGCAGAUGCAGAUGCAAACGAUGAAGAGCUGUACAUCGGCGCACUGCUGCUACGCAACUUACAGCUGCUGCAGUUCAACGCUCACGAGGUUAGCAGCAUGGUAUUCUUGAGCGAUCCUCCGGUAUUCAAGAAAAGCAAAAGUUUGUACGUGGGCAUAGCAGUGUAUCCUACAGUGGCUUUCUUCAACCACUCCUGUUUUCCUGCCGUCGCCAGACAUUUUGAAGGCAAGCGUAUGAUGGUGAGCAGCAUCCGUAGAGUUGCGGCUGGGGAGAUGCUGGCCGAGAACUAUGGACCGGUGUUCACCCAUCACACCCUGGAGCAGCGUCAGCGCAAGCUACUGUCUCGAUACUGGUUCAGGUGUGAGUGUGAGGCGUGUAGAGGCGGCUGGGGUACUUACCCUGAGCUGGUGCAGCCUCUGCGACUGAAGUGCCCGCACUGUGGCAACGCUUUCACUCCCUGCAACAACAAUGAUAACAAAAACAACAGCAAAAAUAAUAGCAGCAACAACAGCAGCAACAGCAGCAGCAACAGCAGUAGCAACAGCCUCAGGAAGAGUAGCAAAAAUGAUGGCAAGGAUAGCAAGGCAGCUGCGUUGUGCUCCUGCUGUCACAAGCCCGUGCCCUUUGAGCAGAUGACGGCGGAGAUGGCGCUCGCUAAGCAAAAGUUCGCGAGCGGCCAGCGUCACAUGGACAGCGGUGACCGGGAGUGCGCUAUCAGCGAGCUGACGACGUACGUGACGACGGCGCAGCAACACGUCGCGCUGCCUUACAAAGACGUGCACUUGGCGCUGCAGGCGCUUCGUCUUCUCGUCGCUGCUAGGGGCACCUGCGCCCUUGUCCUGCCUGCUAAAUAAACCAACAAAAACUUUAUAUAAAGAUAGUUUAACGUAUCAAUUUCUAAAAGUGGAAUAAAAAUUGAUAUUUGUUAAUUAAAGUGGAAUAUUUAUUAAUUCCAAAAUUGGAAAUUACUCUGACUUCAUAAUUCUCUUCAAAUGAGUAACGCAAAACUAAUUUCAACGAACUCUAAUGAAGAUCCGAAUUUAUUUACGUGAUGCCCUUAAUGCCAUGUAUGUAUCAAUGUCGUAGAGAAAAUUAAAUUUUGUGAAACAUUCAUCUUUUACGCUUUGCAUGAGCUUGGGCGGUUAAUUUCCAUGCAUGCAUGAACACAGUUUGAGAACAUCUCCAAUGGACAGCUCAAAUUGAUAACUAAGGCAUAACUCUGAUGGUUAACUUACAGAUAAUUCUAAUGAAUAUAAUUCUAUAAUGGAUUAUUCUAAUUGAUUAUAAUAAGAUUAGCGUAAACAGGUGGUAGCCCUUCACAAGCGCAGAUUAAGCAAAACUAUAUUGAUAAAAAGCACGUGACAGCAUUGAAAUAAAAAUAAUUACAAUCAUUGACAGAAAAAAAUUCCCAUAGAAAUAUUUUUAGGAUGCUAAUUAUGAGAGUUUAGUUGCUGUUAACUGAAGUAAAUAU